CAAUUUGCAUGUACACUUAUUUCAUCGAUCUCCCUCAUUUAGUCUUUAUAUAUUUUAAGCAAGACUCAAUUUCUUCCACAUACAAAAAAAGAAAAAAAUCAAACACCUUUUGGGAGCAGAGAUUCUCUCUUUAUUAGUAUAGUAGACUCACAAAUAUUGCUACUCUUGAAGAGAUCUCUGUGGCUUGAAGUGAUCAUCUUUUGUUUUGGUUUAGUAGAUUUGAAGCAAUAUGAGACGAGGCAGUUCAGGUAACGACCAUGAACUUGGGAUUCUACGAAGAACUAACUCAGACACCAAGUCCAACAACGCAGCCAUCCCCAGCAACCGUUCCGCCUUCAGCGGCCCGCUUGGCCCUUCAAAACGCGCGUCCAAGAAAAACGCUAGAUUUGCUGAGGAUCUCCCCAGGAGGAGCAACAGUAUCAGCGGUGUCGGUGGUGGCCGUGGAGACGAAGAGUACGUGGAGAUCACGCUAGACAUCAGGGAUGACUCGGUGGCCGUUCACAGCGUCCAGCAAGCGAGUCCCGGAGGAGGACCUCAGGAUCUUGAGGAUCCAGAGCUGACACUCUUGACCAAGAAGACGCUCGAGAGCAGCCUCAACAAGUCCACUUCACUUUCCUUCUUCCGUAGCACCUCCUCACGCAUCAAGAACGCAUCACGCGAGCUCCGCCGCGUGUUCUCCCGACGCCCUUCCCCCGCCGUGAGGCGGGUUGAGCGCACGAGCUCCGCCGCCAUCCACGCUCUCAAAGGUCUCAAGUUCAUCGCCACCAAGACCGCCGCAUGGCCAGCCGUGGAGGAACGGUUUGAUAAACUCUCUCUUGAUUCCAACGGUCUCUUACCAUCGUCCAAGUUUUGGGAAUGCUUAGGAAUGAACAAGGAAUCAAAAGACUUUGCUGACCAGCUCUUUAGAGCACUAGCUCACCGGAACAACAUCUCCGGCGAUGCAAUCACCAAGGAUCAGCUCAGGUUCUUCUGGGAACAGAUAUCAGAUGAAAGCUUUGAUGCCAAACUCCAAGUCUUCUUUGAUAUGGUGGAUAAAGAUGAAGACGGGCGAAUAACAGAAGAAGAGGUCGCUGAGAUUAUUAGUCUUAGUGCUUCAGCAAACAAGCUCUCCAAUAUUCAGAAGCAGGCCAAAGAAUAUGCAGCCCUGAUAAUGGAAGAGUUGGACCCAGAUAAUGCUGGUUACAUUAUGAUUGAAAACUUGGAAAUGUUGCUGUUACAAGCACCAAACCAGUCGGUGCGGAUUGGAGACAGUAGGAUACUAAGCCAAAUGCUAAGCCAGAAGCUGAAACCGGUUACAGAGAGCAACCCUCUGGUGAGAUGGUCAGAGAAAAUCAAAUAUUUUGUAAUUGACAACUGGCAGAGAAUAUGGAUCAUAAUGCUAUGGCUUGCCAUCUGUGCCGGCCUAUUCACCUACAAAUUUAUUGAGUACCGGAACAAUAAGGACGCCUUUAGCGUGAUGCGUUAUUGCGUUUGUAUCGCCAAAGGAGGCGCAGAGACUCUCAAAUUCAACAUGGCUCUUAUAUUACUGCCUGUUUGUCGCAACACCAUCACUUGGCUUAGGAACAAGACUAAGCUAGGUGUUGCUGUUCCGUUUGAUGAUAAUCUCAACUUCCAUAAGGUUAUUGCAAGUGGGAUUGUGGUCGGGGUUUUGCUCCAUGUAGUGUCGCAUUUAGCGUGUGAUUUCCCGCGCUUACUUGCCGCCGAUGAGGAGACCUAUGAGCCGAUGAUACAGUACUUUGGGGAGCAACCAGAUAGCUACUGGCAUUUUGUGAAGGGAGUGGAAGGGUGGACUGGUAUUGUGAUGGUUGUGCUAAUGGUUAUAGCUUUCACACUCGCUACGCCUUGGUUCCGUCGUAACAAGCUUAACUUACCUAACUUCCUCAAGAAGCUUACCGGUUUCAAUGCCUUUUGGUACUCCCACCAUUUGUUCAUCAUUGUUUAUGCUCUUCUCAUUGUCCAUGGUAUCGAGCUCUACCUCACAAAGAGUUGGGAAAAGAAAACGACAUGGAUGUAUCUGGCUGUACCGAUGCUUCUGUAUGGGUCGGAGAGGCUGAUCCGUGCUUUCAGAUCAAGCAUAAAACCGGUUAAGAUUGUCAAGGUGGCUGUUUACCCCGGGAACGUGUUGUCUCUACACAUGACGAAACCACAAGGAUUCAAAUACAAAAGUGGACAGUACAUGUUCGUGAACUGUAGAGCCGUAUCUCCAUUUGAAUGGCAUCCUUUCUCCAUCACAUCCGCUCCAGGAGACGACAACGUGAGCGUACACAUUCGCACUCUUGGUGACUGGACGCGUAAGCUCAAGACCGUGUUCUCCGAGGUAUGCAAACCUCCUACUGCCGGUAAAAGCGGUCUGCUCAGAGCGGACGGAGGAGACUCCAUCGCCUUCCCAAAGGUCCUUAUCGACGGUCCUUACGGUGCUCCGGCACAAGACUACAAAAAAUACGACGUGGUACUCCUCGUAGGUCUUGGCAUUGGAGCCACGCCUAUGAUCAGUAUCCUCAAGGACAUCAUCAACAACAUGAAGUCUCGUGACCGUGAUAGUGACAUCGAGAACAACAACAGUAAUGGGAAUAGUAAAGGGUUUAAGACGAAGAAAGCUUAUUUCUACUGGGUGACUAGAGAGCAAGGCUCGUUUGAGUGGUUUAAGGGGAUAAUGGACGAGGUUUCGGAGCUGGACGAGGAAGGAGUGAUCGAGCUACACAACUAUUGCACGAGUGUGUACGAGGAAGGAGAUGCUAGGGUUGCUCUUAUUGCUAUGCUUCAGUCGUUGCAACACGCUAAGAACGGUGUUGAUGUCGUCUCGGGGACACGGGUUAAGUCCCACUUCGCUAAACCUAACUGGAGACAAGUGUACAAGAGGAUCGCUGUUCAGCAUCCCGACAAAAGAAUCGGAGUCUUCUAUUGUGGGGCACCAGGACUGACAAAGGACCUGAAAAAUCUAGCUUUGGAUUUCUCUCGAAAGACGAGCACCAAGUUUGACUUCCACAAAGAGAACUUCUAAAUUCCAAUUUAUAUCAAUUGGGAGGAAGUUGCGUAGAGAAUAAAACAAGAAACUGCAUAUAAAUUUUCUUUUAUAAAAAAUAUUUGAGUUGUAUUCCUUCGUUUCUUCUUUCCUACUUUUUGUUCAGUUUUACGGAAUUUAGUCUAUUGCCGAAUUAAAUAUAAAAUCGCAGAAGUAUAGUUGCAGA